AUGAACACAACGCCCGCUCCAUCUGUAGGACAGCACCUUUCGGUAUCGCAUCCUGAUGUGCCUCCUGCGAGCCCCGGAAAUUUAAAUGCUGCAUACCCCGACGAUGACUUGUAUUCAGCUUUCCGUCAAAGCUCGAUAAUGAGCAAGGGAGAUGAAGCGUCAUUGAUCGAAAAUUCAACACACAAGGGUCAAACUGUACAUUACCAGGACUUAGAUUAUGCAGAGCCAGAUCACAAAGAACCAAAACGUGUUGAAGAGAGUCCGGAUUCGUGGCAAAAGCUUCUUGGCACCGGGAAGUACCCAUUAGAGCAGAGAAUCGAAGACAAGAAACGGGGAAUUGGUCGGCAGAAAUACCCGUUCGUCGUAUGGGCCUUGACGAUUGCCAUGGUCGGCGUGUUUAUUAAUGAGCUGGUGGUGAAUGCUAGAGCACAAGGGUCACCUGUGUCACUCAAGCCCGUCGUGAACCCCAUGUUAGGACCAUCGGAGAGCGCGCUCAUUAAUCUCGGUGCUCGCUUCCCGCCCUGUAUGAAAUCUGUCACGAACAUCUCUUCGUCGACUUUAAUGCCAUGCUUGAACGAUACUGCAAACCCACCGACGAGCUUAUGCACUAUUGAAGACGUGUGCGGCUUCGGAGGAUGGGGAAACGGAACUCCCAAUCAGUGGUUUCGAUUCAUCACUCCGAUAUUCUUGCACGCGGGCAUCAUUCACAUUGCGCUGAACAUGCUAGCGCAAUUAACUGUGUCUGCACAGAUUGAGCGCGAAAUGGGCUCGGGAGGAUUCUUCUUAACUUACUUCGCCGCUGGCAUUUUUGGCAAUGUUUUGGGUGGUAACUUCUCACUAGUUGGUGCGCCAUCCGUGGGUGCCAGUGGUGCAAUUUUUGGCACAGUUGCAGUGACGUGGGUGGAUUUGUUUGCACAUUGGCGUUAUCAUCAUCAGCCACGGAAGAGGCUUGCGUGGAUGAGCGUAGAACUCGUAUUCGGCAUUGCUCUUGGUUAUAUUCCCUAUGUUGAUAAUUUUGCCCACCUCGGAGGGCUUUGCAUGGGUCUUCUUGUUGGAACGACUUUUUACCCAGUCAUUAGUCCGACGCGUCGGCACAAGGCUAUCAUGUGGGCCUUCAGACUUGCGGCUAUUCCAUUGGCAGUUGUCCUGUUCGUAGUCCUUGUACGCAACUUCUACACUUCAGAUCCGUAUGCCGCAUGCUCUGGCUGUCGAUACUUGUCUUGCAUACCCUUGUCGUCCAAUGACUACUGCCAAGGGACUGGUAUGUCUGAAAUUUAA